AUAGCGAAAACGGCAUAUCAGUCUAGGUAUUAGACAUAUAUAUACUUAUGUAUGGUAUUAAAAUGAAAAUUUACCUUUAAAAUAUAAUUUUAACUACGAACGUGGAUCGAGUGUCAUAAUUAAUAACGUAUUUAAGAGGCCUCCUGACUACUAGCUUUAAUAUAUAGGUAUUAGGUAAUAGGAAAUAGCCGUAUAUAUAGGUAGGUACAUUGCGAGUCUCGACAUAUUUUGUAAUAAAAUAGUCGACAAAAAUAAAUACUGUUAUUUAUAGCCAUAAAAAAACAGCUCCUCACGUGCUGAACUUCAUGAAAAACAUGGAUAUGCCAAUUUGAAAUCCCUGCAAAAUUCGUCAGUAUACAAUUCUCAACGCCAUAUUUUUGGUUUAUGAGGUUUAACAAUGGCACCACACAAUUAGUUGUACGUGAUGCAUUUGACACCACGGUCAUUUCUUUUUUAUACUUGUCAAAGUUGAAGCCUCUUAUAAACAUCGGCGCGUCUUUACAUGGGCCGGCGACAAUAACUUUUUUGACGCCCGCCGCCAUGUGUUUCUAAAAAUUUUUUAAACGUUAACGUUUGUCAUUGUACGUCAUAAUAUAUAAUAACAAUUUAUGAUCAAUUGAGCGGGCCCGAUCAUAAAUCUUGUAAUAUAAUCUAAAGAAAUAUGAAAAAAUGUUUACAGCAUAUUAUUAUGGUUUUUUUGGAGCAUGAAAAUCCACCCUUUAUUCAUAUCUCUAUAAUAUUAUAUAAAUGUUAUUAGUUAUUACCGUCCAUGUCUAGACAAUUAUCAUUUUUUACGCUAAUGUUUCCGCCAAAAGUUCCAUGAACCGUGUCAUAUUUUAAUGAGUAGGCUAUAUCCUCAAUUUCGGCCGAUGGUUCAUUUAUUGCAACCACCUGAUAAUCAUGAGAGAACAGACUUAAUACAAUUUACUAAUAACAAACCAAUUAAAACUUGCUUCCAGUUCAUCUCUUUUUAGUGCCAUACGCAAAACCAUUUUCCCGAUUUUACCAAAACCGUUAAUACCCACUUUUGGUCUUGUAAAACCAAAUAAACUGCAUACAGCUUUCUUCAACAUAGUAUAUUAUAAUAUAUUUUAAUAAAGACUUAAUAAAUUUAAUUCGUAUGAGAUUAUAAUAAUAUUCAAAUCGAUGGAUACAAAUUAUUUUUUUUAAGCACCAAAUAAAUCAAAUAACAAUAUGUGUUUGUUCUUUUUAGUUACCUUAACGACCAAAUAUGUAGAAUAUCUCAUCAUAAUAUUCUAUUCAAGUCAUAUGCUUAUUAUUUUAACUUAAAACUUAAUACCAAGGAGGAUAUAUAUAAGUUAACUUAAACUUGAUUAGAGUACAAUAUUAUGCCGACGAUACUCUACACAUUAAGUCAUUAAGGUAACUUUUUAUAAAAAAAACAUUCUCAUAUAUUUUUAGUCAAUUUAUUUUGUACUUGAAAACCGAUCAUUUUGAAUAUAUUAUUAUAAUCUCAUACGAAUUAUACUUAACAAGUCUUUUUUCACAAUACAGUUACGAUGUUCAAAAACGCUAUGCGUCUGAUUUCGACUGGAUUGAGAUGUAUGCAAGGUCCAUCACGUGUAUGUAGCUCAUCGUUGAUCAACGGUGACACAUUUUCACGUAUUAUGGGUGAAAGCGUGCGACAGUUUUCCAUCCAAAACUCCGUGAACGCCCAAUAUAAACCACAGGUGUCCUGUACCAGCUUACCACCUAUAGCGAUUAACGGGUUCGGCCGGAUAGGCAAAUGCGUUCUCCUAAAAGCCCUUCAAGAAAACAUGAACGGAAGCCGUAUCACACAUCGUUUGUUCUUCGUAAAUUGUUUUAAACCCUCUUCCCUCGUCAUCCACAGGUGGUCGCAAUCAACGAGCCGGGCGCACAAAUAGAGAAGAUCGCCUACUCUUUAGCAUACGAAACGGUGAAUGGGAUGUUUGUGGGAAACAUUAGCGUAAAGGGUGAUGACUCUCUGAAAAUCGACGGUACUAUAUAGGUAUAUAUAUAUAAUCAUUAAUCAUACUUCGACUACUCACGGCCAAUGUUGAGACUUAUAUAGAUAAAAAAUUACUCAUCGUUAGUUCAUAAUAUUGCAAUAAAACUAUAAAUGUAUAAUUUAAUAUAGUAAAAAUUAGUUUUAUCUACUGUAUUACGUAGAUAUUUGUAUGUAUCUAGAAUUCUUGAUAAAAAGAUAUUUAAUUAUUUGACAAAUACUGUAUAAUUAUUAUGCGGUCGAAAUAUUUACUUUUUGUGUUCACAUGGACGACUCACGGCUAUAGUAUUUUGAGAUUCGAAGGUAAGCAAAAGAAAAAAUUCGACCUUGAUAAUUUUUUUUAAAUAUUUAUCCCUGUUGACCGCGAAAUAACUUAUUGAAUCACGCAUUACAAUUCAACGUAAUAAUUGCUUGUCCUAAUACAUUUCAAGUACCUAACAGGUACCUAAUUCAGAAAAUCACACAAAAUAUUUCAAAUAUUCCGUUAAGAUUGUAAAAUAUGUUACAGAAAUCAAGGCUGGGCAAGUUAAUGAUUUUUUUUUAACCGAGCUAAUAUGCACCAAUUACAUAAAGUUAAAAGUUAAAAGUCAAUUUAACUAUAGGUUCACUCAGUUAAGUUA